AUGAAGUCCAAGAAGGGGGCCCCCAGGGGCCCCUUAGGGGCCCCUAAAGACAAACUGGCCUUCCUUUUAUCUUCUUUAUUUGCUGCUGCUGUCUCACUGCAACCUGGGAAGGGGCCCUCACGUCUUUGGGGGCCCCUCUACCCCAAAGGGGCCCCCUGGGGGUCCCCCCCGUCCAUGGGUUUAGCCUUUCACUGGGCUGAAGCCCAGCAGCAUAUGCUGCAACGUAGGGGGCCCCCAGAGGGGCCCCUAACCUUUGUAGGGGCUCCACGGGUUACUGGGGGCCCCAGGGCCCCGGGGGCUCCCAGUAGAGCGACGAAAAGGGGUUCAGAGGAGUCUGCAAAUAUAUUGCAAAAAGGUUUAGGAGGCCUCUUGGGGGGCCCCCUUGGGGGCCCCCCGGGGGGCCCCCAAGGGGGGGCCCCAGGGGCCCCAGAGGCAGAAGGGUUGCUGCUGCAGAGGGAAGGUGGGGAGGGCCUCGUUAAACCCCUCUUUCCAGAGCUGCAAACCGCUCCGCAGUCUACGGCCCAUUCGGAAAUCUCCGGCACGAAGUUCAAAGACAUCCCAGAGAUUCUGCCAGAGAUUGCGGCGGCCCUCGAAAAGAGAGGAAUUACCCACAUGACAAACAUCCAGGCGACCUCAUUUAAGCCUAUAUUUGAAGGGGUUGAUUUGCUUGGGAGAUCGGAGACCGGCAGCGGCAAAACCUUCGCCUUCCUCGUUCCGCUGCUGUCUCGUUUGCUGCAGCAGCAGCAGCCAGCAGCAGCAGCAGCAGCAGCAGGUGUACAUGCAGCGCAGGCUGUAGCGAGACCCCGUCUUUUAGUUCUCGCCCCCACAAGGGAGCUGGCUCGGCAAGUCCACAGCGAGUUGGAGGCCCUUGGGGGCCCCUUGGGGUUUUCUUCGCUUUGCAUUUAUGGAGGGGUGCCGCUGCAGCAGCAGCUGAGGCAAAUACGACUUCUCUGCCGACCGCAGCAGCAGCAGCAGCAGCAGCAGCAGGGGUGCAGGAAGGGUUUAGAUGCUGUCGUUGCAACCCCAGGGCGUUUAAUAGAUUUGAUGGGCUUGGGGCCCUCUGCAAGCCGCCCUGGCCCUGCAGCUCUUGACUUGAGUGGAGUGAUGCACGUAGUACUGGACGAGGCAGAUGAAAUGCUGCGGUUUGGUUUUGCGGAAGCUGUGGAUUUAAUUCUUUCUUCUGUUUUAUCUUCUCGGGUUUUAAAUGCUGAGGGGGCGCCCCCAGCUGCCUAUACACCCCAGUCCCCUCCUUCUUCCGGUUUCGAACAUACACCGCAAAAUAACACAUUAAUGCAGCAACAACUCCUCCUCUUUUCCGCAACUCAACCCAACUGGGUCCAAAAAGUUGCAGAAAAAUUCCUCAAAAACCCCCAAACAGUCGAUGCAAUGCUCAACCGAACCGUCAGGACCGCCUCUAGCGUACGGCACUUGCGGAUGGAAGUUCCUUCAGAUUGUUGGGGCUCAUCUUUGUCUGCGUUGCUGCAGGGCAUAGUUUUGUGCUUCUGUGCAGCAAACAAACAGGCAAUUGUCUUCGUCGCCACUAAAACGCAAGCUGACGCCCUUGCCCACGAAUCUGCAGCAGUAAACUUCUCUGCUGCUGUUCUUCACGGAGGGGUCGAGCAGCAGACAAGAGAAGCCAUCAUGCAUGCAUUCAAAAAGGGCCGCUAUAAAACCCUCAUUUGUACGGAUGUCGCUGCGAGGGGCGUAGACCUCGGCAACGUCGACCUCGUGGUUCACUGUGGGGUAGCACACGACAGCGACGUGUUUGUACACCGCAGCGGUCGCACAGGGCGUGCGGGGAGGGAGGGUUUGUCUCUGUUGCUGCAUUCUCCUGAAGAAAGGAGAGAAGUUAGAGCCCUCGAGGCCAACUGCGGCAUUCGAUUUGAGUACAAAGAGCUGCCCAGCGUGAACGAAGUGCUGGAGGCAACUUCUGCGAGCACCAAACGGCAGCUCGACGACGUGCACCGUUCCGUGUUGCCUGUCUUUUUGUCUGCUGCUGAAGAUUUGCUGCAACGAGCGGAGAGAGAAGGAGUGCAGCAGCAGGAGGUCCUCGCUAGGGCCCUUGCUGUUGCAGCUGGGCUGAAGGAACUUCCGAGCCGGUCUCUGCUGACGUGGCGACGAGGAGACACCACAUUGCACUUAAAAAAAAGAAAUGAAUGGCAAUCUGCCCAGGAGGCUGAAGACUGGUGA